UCUAUAAUGAUGUCACCGUUGGCUGGGCAUAAAAUAUCGCAUACUGCAAUGCGUCUGGUACGGGAGUCGAAGGCCGGCCGGCAACGUGUGCAAACACCAGCCUCGUCCGGUGGUCAUGAAGGUCUGCAAAAGUCCUGGCUGCCAGUUAUCAUCUUCGGCGGCCCAGCAAUGUCGGGACUCGUCGCGCUAUUGCCGCAACGCCCGGUCGAUGGGUCUCCUGCAUCGCUACAAGGAGAAGUGCUGCAGCUCCUGCCAGCAGCAGCCCAACCAAUAUAUUUUCCAUUAGCUUCUGGCGGGAUGGCAACGGCAACGGCAGCGGCAACGACAACUACGAAUUCUGUAGACCUUAUCGACCCUUGACAGGUCGUUUUAAGGCCGUAAAGAAGUUAGAAUUGAUUGAAAACUUGAUAUAAAACCUCAAGUAGAGCCUGAAACAUAGAUUCUAAAUUAGGUUUCGUUGUUUUUUUCGAUUUUCUAAAAAAAACUACUAUUUCUGUGAACUGCAGAUUUUAUGGGUAUUUUUCUUGUCAUAUAAAACAUGAAGAUGGAAUGCAAAUGCAAUAGGAUUUCUUUAAUGUUCUAAUGCGUACAUGCAAAAAGGUAUUACAUGUUCAAUUUGGAAUACUGGAAGAGCCUCAAAAAUAGUCCUGAAAGUGGUGACUUCACUGCUGCACUACUAUUUCAAUGACCACGGCUUGAUUAAACCACUAACCAUACAGUAUCCUGUAUGGUUUAACCGCGGGAAAUACGCUCCUUGUACCUCCAAACUUUUCUUUAAUUUAGAUGUAACACAAAUCGGCUUUGUUUUGUUUAUUUUACAUUAUGAGCUGUUUUGAAUGUGAUUAAACUAUGAUAUUCUCUCCCAGUCGUUCAAUCUCGUCCAAGAUGAAAUCUAGCUCAUUACUUUGCAAAACGGGAAAGCAGGUGAAGACCAUCCGGAAGAAGUUACCCAAAUUGCGAGCUUUCAGAGGUGAAUAUCCUACCAUCAACGUGCCGCUGUACGCCAUCUGCUCCUUAAUUUUUGGGGCUACCUAUAAUUUAAACACGAAAACAGAGUAGUAUUGGG